UACAGUCAUUAUUUAAAUGGUAUGAAUUUAAACUUGGUGAAAAACAAACUGGAGAGCUUUUAGCUGUAUUUGAACUUGUUGAAGUUAAUCCAGAAACACGAGAAGCUGAAACAACAUUCGAACUUAAAGAAAUUCCAAUAACAACAGAUAAUUAUCCACCGACAAGUUAUAUUACUAAGAUUAUGAAAAAUAAAAUUUAUCAAAUUCCGUUGUUACUGAUACCUGCUUUUAAAACUUAUCAAAUUGAGAUUAUGUUUUGGGGUUUACGUGAAUGUCGUACAAUUAAUCUUCAAUCUAUUCAAGAAGCUGAAGUAACAAUUGAAUGUGCUGGUGUACAUGUAACAAGAACAAUAAAAAAUGUACAAAAACAUCCAAAUUUUGAAUCAUCACCUACUGAAGCAGACAAAUAUACACUUCUUAUUAAUUUACCAAAUGAUGAUAAAUUUUGGCCACAUUUAAGUAUACUUUGUGUACAGCAUCGUCUUUUUGGAAUGAAAGAAAUCGUUGGCAAUCUAGUUGUAACUAAUCUACAAAAAUAUCUUGAAAAACCUGUUCAUCUUUUAACACCGAAUGAUCAAGCUGUAGUUGAUACUGUGAAUGAAUUAUCAAAAAGAAUUCCAUACAAUUUUAAUCGUGUUCGAAGAUCGGUUAUUGAUACAUAUGAAGCUGCUUUAGUGGCACAGGACGAGAGUUUAGGAAGAACAAAAUUAGAUAAGUUUGAAAGCAAUGCAGGUCGUGAUAGAGACGAUAGUGAUAGUCAAGCACCAAUUAUCCAUGCUGAUUCAUUGAGACAAGGAAAAAAAAGAGGUGAUGAAUCGGGUAGAAAAUCAGAGAAAGAAGAAGAUGGUUUAAAAGAAUCUGAUUCGACACCUGAAUCACCUAAUAAUAGAAAAUAUGGAAAUGAACCUUUAACAAGAUUAGAAAAAAUAAAAAGAAAUGAUAUGGAAAAAACAGCUGGAUGGUGGCAUAAAUAUUAUGCAUCAAAAGCAAAAUUAAAUUUAAUGCAACGAUGUGCUAUAGAUAUGGAUGAAGGUUUAAAAGACAGUUAUGAUGCUUAUGCCGAGCGUUUUGAAGAUGAAUCAACACUUGUUUCCAGAAAGUGUUUGAAUUUAUGGAAUAGAGCUAAAGAAAAAGUCCUACGUGUUGGAAAAGCUCAGAAAAUAUUACGAAACGUAGCUGCUGAACGAAUGGAACGGUUGGCAGAUUCUGAAAAAUCGAAAUCAGCUGUUGAUGAAAGUUUAGAUCUUAUUGAAACUGAUCGUCUUAAAGAAUUAACAUUAUUACAAACAUUUGAUAUAAUUGAAACAGAGUUAGAAAAUGUUUACGAUUAUGAAGGUUUUAAUGAUUGCCUUGAUACAUUUCCAUUAUAUAAAGGUAAAGGUUCAAGUCGAUCAGAUGAAGUUGGUGAUGAAAAACGUAUCUAUGCGAAGUUUAAGGGUAAAUUUCGUAUUCAAGAAAUUCCAAAGAAUGGAACAGAUUGUAUGUCUCCAAUGUCUAUUAAUCGAGCUCUUUCAAAUCCUCAAAUGCAAGCACUCUUAAGAUCAAAAAGUGGUUCAAAUAUGCCAACAAAUCAACUAAUGCUUCAAUUAGAUUUUAAUAAAAAUCCCAUAACACUAAAAUGUCGAUUGUAUAUAAUAAAAGCUCUAUUAUAUCGUGCUUGGGAUCAAUCAGGAAAAGCAGAUCCAUUUAUAAAAAUUGCAUUAAACAAUGACACUAUAAUUGAUGAUGUCGACGGAAAACUUCUUAAUACAUUAGAACCUGUUUUUGGCAAAUCAUAUGAAUUUGAUGUUCAGUUACCUUUUCAAUCUUUAAUCCGCAUACAAAUAUGGGAUUGGGAUAUGACAAGUUCCAAUGAUAUGAUUGGUGAAACAAAAAUUGAUAUUGAAAAUCGUUGGUUUUCAUGUCAUAGAGCAACUUGUGGUUUACCAAAAAGAUAUGACAGGUCUAUUAAACAAUCUAAAUUAAUAAAUAAACAUUCGAUUUUUCUUAUAUUUAGUGCGGGUUAUAAUACUUGGCGUGAUACAAAAAAACCAACGAUAAUUUUAACUGAAUUAUGUCGAACAACAAAUAUUAAUGUGCCCGUUUAUACGGCAGAUUUUCGUUCAGUAACAGUCGGCGAUAAAAUUUUCGAAUGUGAUCCUGCAUGUGUUGAAUUUGUCAUGAAUACAAAAUCGCCCGUAGAUAUAUUGUAUCGAAAAGUUCAUCAUGAAUCAACCGAAGAAUAUAUACGACAAAAUACAGCAUUGGCUGCUCUACAUGCAUGGGGAAGAAAAAUCAAUCAGAAAUGUGCUUUGGUUGCUGAACAUAUUGAAUGUCGAUCACUUUUUAAUCCACAAUUUCCUGAAACUGAGCAAGGAAAAUUAGAAAUGUGGUUAGAUUUUUUUCCAAUGUCACGACCACCUUCAAAUGCUAUGAUUGAUAUAACACCAUCUAAACCUACUUCUUAUCAAUUACGUGUAAUUAUCUGGAAUACAACGGAUGUAGAAUUAAAUGAUGAAAAUUUUGUUACGAGAGAGAAAACUUCAGAUAUUUAUGUUAAAGCAUGGAUCUUAGGAGAAAGAGUUGAUGCACAACAAACAGAUAUUCAUUAUCGAUCAUUAACAGGCGAAGGAAACUUUAAUUGGCGAUUUCUAUUCGAUUUUGACUAUUUAGAUAUAGAAGAAAAGAUUGUUUUUGAAGCAAAAGACUCCGUAUUUCAAGUUGGCAAUACAACAAAAAAGAUUCCACCAAGAAUUAUUAUUCGUGUUUAUGAUGCAGAUUUUUUUUCAGCUGAUGAUUUUCUUGGUGAAUGUGUUCUUAAUCUGACACAUGUACCACUCGGUGUUAAAGUACCAAAAAAAUGUAAAGCUGAUAUUCUACUUAAUUCAAAACAUAGAGGAAUUAAUUUAUUUGCUAAUAAACGUAUUGCUGGUUGGUGGCCAAUGAUUGCUCCAUUGAAAGAGGGUGAAAUUCGUGAUAAAACUUUAUUAGGAGGAAAACUUGAAGCUGAAUUUUCACUUGUUACUGCUGAAGAAGCAGAAAAAAAUCCAGUUGGAAAAGCACGUGAAGCACCAGAACCACUUGAAAAACCAAAUCGUCCAAAAACAUCAUUUCUUUGGUUUACAUCACCAUGGAAAACAUUACGUUAUGUUAUAUGGCGUAAUUUCAAGUGGGCAAUUAUUCUUGGAGUCCUUAUUUUUAUUGGUGUUAUUUUUCUUUUACUUGCUGUUUGGGCACUCCCCGGUGAAAUCGUUAGACAAAUAGCAACUAAAAUUUUUAAAAAUAAAUAA